AUGGCAGACACUGACCGCGACAGUGACGACCUCGUGAGGCAAAUCACCAACGUCGAAUCCAUACGCUCCCAAGUACAAUACUUCAGUCGCAUCCAUGAGGUCGUCUUCGUAUCCGUCGUGUGCAUGGCACAGUUCAUGACCCAGGCCGCUCUCGGUGCGUGUCUGGCACCACUACACAUUAUCGGCGACGGACUCAAUGUCAGCAACCCUGGAAUCUUGAGUUGGCUUAUCGCCGGCUACUCGCUCACCGUCGGUACCUUUAUUCUCUUCUUCGGCCGCUGUGGCGAUUUGUUCGGAUAUCGCUCCAUGUUCAUAAUCGGCUUCUUCUGGUUCGCCCUAUGGUCUCUCAUUGCCGGUCUGAGUGUUUAUUCGAACUAUAUGUUGUUUAUUUUCGCGCGCACGCUGCAGGGUCUGGGCCCGGCGAUGCUGUUCCCCAAUGCCCUUGCGCUCCUGGGCUCGACGUACCCGCCAGGGAAUAAGAAGCGAAUGGUCUUUGCCCUAUUCGGAGGACUGGCACCGGCUGGAGCAGUGCUGGGUGCUGUUUUCGCAGCCUGGCUGUCGGAACGGGCCUGGUGGCCAUGGACCUUUUGGUGUAUGGCUAUAUACUGCUUGAUCUUGGCCGUCGUUGGGAUUUUUGUUAUCCCGUUCACACACAGUGCACCCAAGGGAUUGUCGUUCAAUGACUUGCUCGUCGAGUUGGACGUGAUCGGGGCCACCCUGGGCGUGACAGGCUUAGUCCUGGUCAACAUCGCCUGGAACCAAGCCCCUGUCGUGGGCUGGUCAGUCGCUUACGUCUACGUGCUGCUGAUAGUGGGCGCUUUGCUUCUUGCCGGCUUCAUCUUCUACGAGAUGCGUGUCGCACCAAAGCCACUAAUCCCCUUUCACGCGCUUAAUCUCGACGUCUCCUUCAUCCUCGGCUGCAUGGCAUGCGGGUGGGCCAGCUUCGGCAUAUGGGUCUUCUAUCUGUUCCAGUUCUUUGAAAAUAUUCGAGGCCAGACCCCAUUGGCUUCUGCCGCCCAAAUCGUGCCGGCUUCCCUUUCCGGCCUUGCAGCUGCCGGAGUAACGGGCUUGCUGAUGAGCAAACUGCGCCCGGGUUGGAUCAUGCUGUUCGCUAUGCUCGGCUUCACCAUCGGAAAUGUGUUUUUCGCAAUUGCACCGGUGCAUCAGACAUACUGGGCACUAACUUUUGUCAGCGUCGUUGUGAUGCCGUGGGGUAUGGACAUGUCCUUCCCAGCCGCAACGGUGGUUCUGUCCGAUGCUGUGCCUCGUCGCCACCAGGGCGUCGCAGCAUCACUGGUGACCACUGUGGUCAACUAUAGCAUCUCUAUCGGUCUCGGUUUUGCGGGCACCGUGGAAGUACACGUUAACAAUGGCGGCAAGACCCUUCCUGAUCUCCUCAAGGGGUAUCGCGGGUCAGCAUACAUGGGCAUCGGGUUCGGCAGCCUGGGAAUCGCGCUCAGCUUGGUUUUCCUGUUGAAGAGUGCGGGCCGUUCUCAUGACCACGCAGUAGAGAUGACGCCACAAGGCGAAGUAAAGGAAGCCAGAGACGAGACAGACUCGACCCGGUCUACGCUGGCUUGA